AUUGCGCCAAAAUCGUUCGUCUUCUUCCUGCAUGCUCUUUCGUCUUCGUACCAGAAACCGCAAAAUUUUCGACUGACAUUCCUCUUUCUCUCUUAUUUCUGAACAAAAUCUCUCCCCAUAUCUCUUCAUAUUGAUUCCCACUCCAUCCAAUUCUGCUCAUCAAGAUAUGCUCCUUUUUCAAGCUUUCGAUUCUCAGGUUUCUCGGUUACCCUAGCACCGGAAUUUUUUCACAGUUGGAGCUUGUUCGACGUUUCUUUGUUGGGCUUCAUAAAUGGCUCCCAGGGAGCGAAGUAAAAAGAGGGGGAACUUACGAAUUGAUGCUGCGCUGGAUGCUAUGAAUCCUUUCGGAUUUCAUCCGAAGUUGGUUCGUGACACGGUCAAGGAGCUCCUCAGCGUGUAUGGAGGAGACGAAGGAUGGGUAUUCAUUGAAGAAGGCUCUUAUACUCUCUUGAUUGAUACCCUUCUCGAGAAACGGAAAGAUGGUGCAAUAGAGAAGGUUCAUGAAGAGGAUGGAAGAGUUGCAGAUCUUCAGGAGACCUCUGAAGCGGGCUGUUCCUCCAAUGUUGUUAAUGAAGCUUCCACAUCUAAUCCUGGGGCUGAGAUUACCGUGAAACCGACUGAGGGUGUAAUCUCAUCGUACGUGGACAAUGAACCUUUCAGGAUCACAGCCACAGUACCUGCAAAUGAUUCAGAUGAAAGAUACUGGAAGGAGGAGGAUAUAGGUUCUGGUGUUGCUGAUAACCAUUUUAUAAGGAGUUCUAUGAACCAGUCUUUACUGGCGGCACAUAUCCCUAAAAUAAGGAGGCGAAAACCUUAUCACGGGUGGAUCUCCUCCGGUGGCGACGACAGGGAAGACUUGGUGCACUUGACACCAGCUCAAUUGCCUGAGGAGUUUGCCAGGAAACAAUCCCAUUUGCUUGCGGUGCAAGGACAAGAAAUUUCACCCUCUCUUGUUUGCUUGGGUAACUUUGGAAGAAACUCCCAAGCUGUGAGUAUUAGAACAAUUUGGAUUUUUUAA